GCAAUCACUGUUGGAAUGGGUGCGCUGAUUUGUGAACCGGGGCACAAAACGAAUGCUGUCUUUAACUCCGCCUACCACUUGACAACUACUGACAGUUUCCCGCCCCAAAACUUUUUUGUGCACAACAUACGCCAGUUCAGAAACGGUAAAGAAGUGUGGUGGUGUCUGCGUGUUGUUGUAAUCUGGUUAUUGUCCAGCCAGCUGAAAGCAGCGCCACACUCGGGUAUACGUUAUCUUAGUGUAACCAAAGGGGGGUCCGUAGCUAUACCAAUAACUGAUGGCCAGUGUCCUGAGUCGGACUUCGGAUUAAACACAGAGAGAAAAGGCCCAGUGGUCACGUAUGAGAACAACGUGCCCACUGAGGGGCUAAAUUAUCUGGGCAGGAUCAGGCUGAACAACUCCAACGGCUGUGCUGUUGUAAUUAGCGAUGUAACCAAAGAAGAUACAGAGACAGUUUAUUAUCCAGACGGUGUUCUUCCAGGUCAACCGAGAAUUGCACUUAAAAUGACAAGUAGCACUGAGAGUUCAACCACCAUAGCAGCCCCGCAACAAUCUUCAACCACACCAGGAGGGAGUAUUGAGAGUUCAACCACCACAGCAGCCCCCCAACCAUCUACAGCCGAUACAGGUCUACAUGUGGGCCAUCUUGCUGUGCUGGUAGUAGUAGUGGUGGUGGUGGUAGUAGUAGUAGGGGGGGUGGUAGUAGUAUGCAUCAGGAAAUGUAAAAACAAAAAGUUGAAUGAAGAACCUCCCUUGGCCGAGCUCCAAGUUCUUAAUCAAAACAAAUCAAUGGACACAGCAGAACAAUGAAAGUGAUAUCUUUGUUACUAAGGCUGGCUAGACACUAUGAUUUUUGCCCUGUCUGUGGGCUUGCCAUGAGCAUUUCUUAUCAAUCAAAUCAAACUCGGGAAUGUUUUUUGCUGGUCUGCUCCGGUGGAAUCUUUUUGAAAGUGCUUUCUAAAUGCAAUGUCCCAUUCACUUUUAUUGAGCAUUAGCUAGUGGUGGCUGUUUAAAGGGAACUGAACCAUGCAUUACUGUUUCUCCUGGCCCAAAGACUACUGGCAGAGUGAAAAACCUAGCAAUAAGUUGUGUCUAUUCAUAAACUUUCCCUUUAAACCCUCGGCCUUACUGUACAACUACUGUACUUAUGAUUUUCUUCAACCUUUAUAAUGGUUGAUCAUUGUCAGCAUUACAUUGUGUUCCCUAUUCAGGGAGACAUUUAUACAGAUGUGCACAAUUUACUGUACUGCCAUUAUACUGUAUCCCAUGUCUGAUACCAGAACCAUUUUGUUCUAUUGUAUGAUUACACCACUUAUGAUAAUGGGAUUGGCAAGUUAAAAUGCUUUGUAUAAUGAAAUACUGACAUAUAUAAUGUUGAACCUGAUUUGUUCCAGUGACCUGUUUCAGGACAGUGUGUUAAGCUUUAUUUUGUAUAACCUCCCAAAUGAGUUUUUAAACAACUAGACAAUCCUCACCUUCAGUAUCUCAAGGUCAGUAGCCUUUGUAGAAAGUAAGUUAAGAGGUGUUCAACUAUGAAACUGUUACUCACCCCAGGUAAUAUCCCACACUCAUUGAUCUUCAGAAAGACUACCAGCUGUAAAACAUUUUGAUAUCCGCUGUACAAAUAAUUUAUCAUAGAUCAACACUUUUUUUUAAAUGAAUCUCAUUUGAAAGUUAACAAAUUGCACACAUACUGCCUUUUUAAAAUGCUCUUUUGAGACAACUUUACAUAGUUCAGUUUUAUCUAAUCAAUAUCGAUGUUCUUUUGAGACAGAAAGUUAGGUAGUUCAGUUUUAUCUAAUCAAUAUCGAUGCUCUUUUUCAGAAUGUAGAUGUGAAGUGGCCCCUCUUGCUAUUCAGACUGGUCGAUAUACAAACACUACCUUAGAUAGACGCGUCUUCUUUUUGUAACGAUGGUUCCACUCAAACAGAAGCUCAUGCCUUGUUUUACUGUGGGUUAUACAAGGACGUUAGGGAUGACCUCUCUUGCCAACUGUUCAGCUAUAAUGAAAUGCUACAUUUGAUCAGGUAACAAUAAUGUAAAUGUAUUUCCUCCUCCAUCUGAGACCUUUAAAAGUGCCUGAAUUAUCUUAUCUACUGUACUUUGUUUUUGUUUCUGCAUAUGUGUAUAGAUAACUGAUAGCAAUAAUAUUUAGAUUUAAUAUAUUAUAGAGGACGGCAAAGGAAAUACUGUGCAAUGUUUGACUAUUACUGUCUCAGCUCUGUGAGCCACAUUGUGUUUUUUAAAUCCUAUUUUAUAUUUUCAACCACUUGUGAUGUGACUUAUACAUUUUCUAUCUCUAACCUUUUGAAUAAAAUGUUCCUAUAAUCUGAA